GACCUGAAAACUUCAAGUAGACRUAACGUACGGUAUGUUUCGACAGAUACUGUACCGCUAGGACUAGCAAGUAUUCCYAAUGAGAAGAAUAGCGGCAGCUGCGACAUUCAUAUUUCCUAGAAAAUAAAUUUUACGUCAAGAACGUACACUACAUCCCCUUGCAACAUGAUGAAAGGAACAAUAAGAUCCCUUCCUUAUUAUGGAAGUACAAAAAAUUUGUUCCAUCUAGCCUUGGUUCUGUUUCUUGGAAUCUCUACCACGCACGCAUUCCAAUAUCCUCGAAAUCACCAAAAUCACCAAUCGAGCGGAUCCUCUUCUCAAUACAACAAAAUAAACAGUAUUCACUACGAAGGAUGGUCUUCUUCUGCUGUGCGUCCGAUUCGAUACGAUCGUUCGAUCCGACUCUCUGGUGGAUUCAUGGACGACCUCCAGGGCUUUUUCAAGAGGUUUACCACUAGGGCAAGUGCGUCCCACAUUCUCAUCAAGGGUGGGGCCGAGGCUGAGAACAAACUAGAAGAUCUCAAGGUAGAGAUCGGAGACUCUCCGGUGGCCUUUGCCAAGGCUGCGGCGCAGUACAGCGCUUGCCCUUCCGGCUCGAGCGGAGGAGACCUHGGCUCGUUUGGACCGGGCGCGAUGGUCAAGGAGUUCGAUGCUGUAGUUUUCAACGAGCCGAUUGGGGUGGUUCACGGUCCUAUUAAGACCCAGUUUGGGUACCAUUUGAUUUAUAUUCGAGAUAGAACGGAAUAAAAGACUCAAAACAGGCGACUCGAUGUAUCAGCUGCCAUCCACGUUAAGAGAUAUUGAAAUGAUGAAGGCUGAAUGUGUGUGGAGAAACUAUGUCCUAUGAACUAUGUUCUUCUUKGUGUGGAUUUUAGUAAUGGYGUGUGUGUUCCUAGAACAUAUACUAGAACAUAUGCUAAAGAGUAGUGACUAGUAGUGCAUAGUUGUUAGCCAGUAUUGCAAAUAAAUAAUUCGGAAAUAG